GAGAGGAACUGUGUCUGAGUGUUGGUGAAGUGCUGCUUUGCUGUUUAAGAAGCUGGUAGCGUAGUGAAAAUGGGGUGCUGCUGCAGUAAGGAACUGAGCCCAGGCCUGCUAAGUGAGAGGACCAGGCUGCUUCAGGCAUCAAGCCCAGAGGCGCUGGGGAUCAAACACCAGGACAGACUACACACUAAAUCUUUGGCUCAACAUGUGUCUGACGAAAUGGCUCAACACACGUGUAUACCGGACGGACCGGCCAAACGGAAACUUCAGGAACAGGAGAAGAAGAACAAUGUCAUCCCGGACAACGUGUCGACAGGCCCCAAGGCGAGGCAUAGCAGUGUCAGUGGCAUGCAGAGUGGGGGGCUACUCACUCCGCAACACUCACACGAGGAGGAACUGGCUAUUAUUAACGCCUCCACAGGCCCCAGCAUGGUCACACAGACAAACACGGACACACACACACACAUGGACUCGACGGAGGCAGGCGUGCCACACACACACGCUGCCAAGGCCAGGGCCAGCUGUGGGAAUGUUCCAUAUUUGGAGGGGAGUGUGAAGAGCCCAUUAAAACAGAAGAUAGCAGAGAACACUAUGGAUAAUUCCGUUAGACAAAGGAUACAGAGCACCAUGGAGAACCCACCCAAACAGAAGAUGGAGAAGACAAUGGAGAACCUAGCGAAACAGAUAGAGAAUACCAUUCAGAACCCAGACAGACAGAGGAUAGAGAACACUGUGGAGAGCCCAGUGAGACAGAGGAUAGCGGAGAACGCCCUGCUCAGGUCUACUUGGUUCAACCAGACCCCGGAGCCCGGCCAGGAAGAGACAGAGGGCUGGAGGACCCCCCUGGUCGGAACAUCCCCAACCCACCAGCUGUAUAAUAUCAGAGCUGGGGGGGAUUCCACUAGAGUAGGAGCAGAGGUAGAUGAGGAGGAAGACUGUGUCAUCAGGGCAACCCUGGGGCGGGGUUUCAGGGCCAGAGCUCAGAGCUUCUACAGCAUCUGUUCCAUCGAUGCUGACGACCUCGACACUGACCAAUCCAACACAGAGGAACAAACAGCCUUCAUCCAAUCACACACAGCGGAACCUACAGCAAUCCAAUCACACAUAGCCAAAACUACAUCCUCUAUUCAAUCACACGUAGCCGAACAUACAGCUUCUAUCCAGUCACACAUAGCCGAACCUACAGCUUUCCAAUCACAUUUAGAGGAACAUACAGCCUCUAUCCAAUCACACGCAGAAAAACCUAAAGCCAAUGACCAAUCACACAGAGUGGAAUCUGCAAAGGCUGACCUAUCGCACAUAACGGAACCCAAGGCUUCUGAACAAUCAAAAACAGUUGAAUUUACAGCCAUCGACCAAUCACAAACAUUGGAACCUACAGCCUUUGACAAAUCCCACUGUGAGCCCCCCGAGGCACCUGUUCUGCCGGACCUUCUCUGGAGAAGCUAUGAGGACCCUCAGACUUCACAACAGGACAGCUCCAUCACCCCCGGAGGCACCAGGACCCCACCACUAACUGGAGACAUUACAGAUCCCGACAUACUUGAGCUGACAUCACGCCAGGAGGAGAGUGUGUGUGUGAAGGACGAGAAUGUGUGUGUUAAGACAGGUCUUUUGUCCACAGUGAAGACUGUUGAUAGCAGCCAGGAAGGAGAAAACACAAAGAGGGAUUUGAACCUCCAUGAUACUCAAAACAAUAUUCCCACCACCACAUACCCCUGCCCUCCUAACCCUACCCUUACAGAGGAGCAGCUCACACACAGCCCCAGCCUUAGCUCUAGCCCCAACUCCAGCCCCCUGCUUGGGGCAGUGGAUGGGGCCACAUGUGUAGAGGAGAUAGAGAGGAUUGAGGUAUACCAAGCUGUCUCAGUGAGGAUGAUCAGUGAGGGGCUGAAAGGAGAGACAGAGGAGGAUGAGGAGGAGGAGACCAUACUCAGCAGCACAGUGGAAACCACACUAACAGAGGUAUCACCAGUCUCCACACUCUCUUCACUAUCCACAGUCUAUCCAGUCUACGCAGUGUCUCUACCCAUGGACUUUACUGUCCACUCAUUCAAAUCUGACCUUAGACCAGUGGAUAUGGAACAUGAAGUUGGAACAAAACCUGAUCAGUAUGAUAUUACUUCUGACAGCAACGCCAAGCCUGAUCAAAACACAACACAUGUGUACGCUGGGAGACCUGAUAGGGAUGAUGUAAAACCUACUGGAAAUAACAGAAGCCCCGUUGAUGACUCAGAGCUCAUUGAUUGGCCAGUCCAGGCUGAGGAUAUAGUGGGAAGGUCUGCAGCAACAGAGAAGGAGCCGGAAACCAGUGUGGAACAGAAACACUGGCAGGAAAUGGCUGCCAUCACCAGUCACCCCACAAGAGAGAGCAGCUAUCCUCAGAAUUGUAGAGAGGACAGAGAGAGCAGCAAUCCUUCUCAGGGUUGGGAGGACAUAGAGAGCAGACAUAUUUCUCAGGGUUGUGAAGACAUAGAGAGCAGCCAUAUUUCUCAGGGCUGUGAGGACAUAGAGAGCAGCCAUAUUUCUCAGGGUUGUGAGGACAGCGAGAGCGGCCAUCUCUCUGAGGAAAGAGGAGGCUCUACUCCUGUCCCUCAGGACCUGCCUAGUGGGGACACUCACUUACAGCCCUGCAAAGGUCCUCCAUUCUCCUUGUCCCAUUUCCUUUCAAUAGGUCCAGAAUGGAGAGAUGGGAGGUUGAGUUCAGAGGGAGGAACUGAACCCACUGACUGCAGAAACCUGUCUGAGAAGAACGGAGGACAGAAGACGGACCACACGCGGAGGACAGAACACACACGGAGGACGGAACACACGCGGAGGACAGAACACACGCGGAGGACGGAACACACGCGGAGGACGGAACACACGCGGAGGACAGAACACACGCGGAGGACGGAACACACGCGGAGGACAGAACACACGCGGAGGACAGAACACACGCGGAGGACAGAACACACACGGAGGACAGAACACACACGGAGGACAGAACACACGCGGAGGACGGAACACACACGGAGGACAGAACACACGCGGAGGACAGAACACACGCGGAGGACGGAACACACGCGGAGGACAGAACACAGGCGGAGGAAGGAACACACACGGAGGACAGAACACACGCGGAGGACGGAACACACACGGAGGACGGAACACACGCGGAGAACGGAACACACGCGGAGGACGGAACACACGCGGAGGACGGAACACACGCGGAGAACAGAACACACGCGGAGGACGGAACACACGCAGAGGACGGAACACACGCGGAGGACGGAACACACGCGGAGGACGAAACACACGCGGAGGACAGAACACACGCGGAGGACAGAACGCACACGGAGGACAGAACACACGCGGAGGACAGAACACACGCGGAGGACGGAACACACGCGGAGGACGGAACACACGCGGAGGACGGAACACACGCGGAGGACGGAACGCACGCGGAGGACGGAACACACGCGGAGGACAGAACACACGGAGGACGGAACGCAUGCGGAGGACGGAACGCACGCGGAGGACGGAACGCACGCGGAGGACGGAACACACGCGGAGGACGGAACACACGCGGAGGACAGAACACACACGGAGGACAGAACACACGCGGAGGACGGAACACACGCGGAGGACAGAACACACGCGGAGGACAGAACGCACGUGGAGGACGGAACGCACGCGGAUGAAAGGGCAGAGAUACACACUGAGAAUAGAAUAUCCCUCCUAGAGGAAUGUGUUGCACCAGACAGCCUCAGUAGCGUGUGUAGUGUAGGAACACAGUCUGACAGUAGUUUAGCGACACUCCCUGAGGACACUGAGUGUAGUAAUAUAGCAACAAAUGACAGUGUGUUUGUCACCCCUGUUUUCCCACCUGUGACAUUUGAAUUCAGCCCAUUUGAUGAACCCCUGAAGUUUGUUUCCCACGGCGAUGACUGCUCAGAUGUGGACUACCCUGUAGACGAUGCAACGAAGGCAGAUUCCUAUUUGUUGGUGGGAGUGCUGGGGGUGGAGCCUGAUCAGAUUGACGUUUACGCCUCGACCCCCUCUUACCAGAUACAGUUCCUGGGUCAGGGGUCACUGGCUGUCACCACGGACAUGGACACCAUGGGGGUGAGAGGACAGGUCGAGGAAGGGGGCAUGAUAGACAUGGUUUCAGAACUGCUGGGAGAGGAAGGGGACCCCACCCUCUCUGGCCUCUAUCCCUCUCCCUGGACGCAUUUAGGGCCAGGGCUGGUAGAGGAAGAAGUAUGUGGAGGAUGGGCCCAGGGGCUGGCCCAGGGUAUGGUCCCCAGCCAGGGUGAGGGUGAGGAGGGCUGCGAGGAGGAGCAGCCCUCUAGCUCCAUGGCCCUGCUGGGAGUCUACCCCACCUACAACACUCUUCUGCCUCAGGACUCUUGUCUCUGGGAAUGGCACCAUCAGUACCAGCCUAAAUCCACCCUGGUCUCUGAGCUCAACCCCAACGCUCAGGUAUGGGCCAAUCACAUGCUUAGUCUGGACCACUCAGGCCCCAUCUACACUGACUCCCGUCUACCAUGGCUGGCCGUUAACCAGGAAGGGUAUGACCAGGGAUAUGACCUGGAGGAAGUGGGCGAGGCUCAGCUGGAACCGAGCGUCGUAGAAUUCACAACGGUCACCAUGGGAAACCUGUCAACCAAUGGCCUGGUCCAGGACAGCUGUAUAUCAGAGGAGCUCAUCGAUCAACUGAAGACCUCACUGGAGUCCUGUCUGUCACGGGAGAACCUUGCCAACGACCUCUACCUCGUCUCCCAGAUGGACAGCGACCAGUUUGUUCCCAUAACAACGCUAGCCAACCUCGACCACAUCAAGAAGCUCAGCACGGACUUGGAACUCAUCUCUGACAUCCUCAAGUCCUUGCCGCUGGUGGAGGUGGCAGAAUGUGGGCAAAAGGUACGGCCCAAUCAGGGACGCUGUAUCGUCAUCCUCCGAGAGGUCCCGGAGACCACACCCCCAGAGGACGUAAAGGCUCUGUUUGCGUGUGAGAGCCUCCCCAGGAUCCAGAGCUGUGAGUUUGCCCAGAACGACAACUGGUUCAUCACCUUUAAAACUGAGGCUGACGCUCAACAGGCAUUUCAGUACCUGAGAGAGGAGGUGAGGACGUUCCAGGGAAAACCCAUCAAGGCACGGAUCAAGGCCAAUGUGAUGGCAGUCACAUCUUACGCUCCAAAGAAUGGCUACAGGCCCCGCGCAAUGGACUCCUGCACAAAUCAGCAGCCUUACAACCCAUACUACGCCCCUCCCACUUUCCAGCAGCCCCUCCCACAGCUUUACCCAAUGACCAAUCAAAGCUUGGAUGCCAUGGCCGGAUACACGGACCCUGACCUGAUGGCGUCAUUAUCUGGCUUCAUGAACGGCUUCCCAGGAGGCCCCAGCUUCAAAAUAUCCCCCUCAUACAGACACAGUAGGGGGCACCGUGGGCAGCGGGACCAGAGGCGGCGGUCUGGCGACAGGGAGCCGGGCCUUCUGGAUGACCCCCCCUUCUUCCCAGAGCAUGUACCAAUAGGACGCCCCCCUGGCCCCCACAGGCAGGGCCCGCCACGGUUACCAGGCAACAGGCGUAUGGAGGGAGAAGGGGGUCGACGUGGAGGGAGAAGGGAGUCAGGGUCCUCCCCAAGCACUGGCAUAGGAAGGAGAGGCCCCAUUGGUCAGAGGAGGAGAAGAGAUGAGAAGUACACUAGAGCCCCCAAGUCGCCCCCCCGCUCCUUGUCUCCCAGUCUGGAGCUUGGCCCUACUAGCUUCCCCCCGCUGCCCCCAGCAACAGCCUCCAGAGAAACACUUACCAUAGCAACCAGCAAUCACAAAGCAACCUGCAACCACAAGUGUGCAGUUACAUACAGCAGUACCAGCCAACCAACCACUGUGACAUUACAAGACCUCCAGCCUAUCACAGCAUUGCCUCAGAAAAACCUCCCCCCAGAGAAGCUGAAGGAAACCAUGCCAUCUCUCAAGAGGACCACAGCAGCACCUCUGACCGUGAAAGAACCUAUCCAGACCACGAAGGAAAACAGACCAGCAGUGGAGUCCAAGAAGCCAAGCUACGCCGAGAUCUGCCAAAGGAUACGAGCCAAUCAAACGCUUUGCGCAAACCCCAUUGACCACACCCCAUCCGGGGCGGAGCUUGCCCCAGCCUAUCCUGCACAGGAGUCUGACCAGGCUCAGUUACCACGGUGACCAGAGUGAGCUGGUUACUUUUGGUUGGGGAGGGCAAGAGGGGAGGAGAAGAGAAGAGGAGGAUGUUUUUCAAGCCAAAGGAAAAAAAUCUAUAGCCCUUUAAUGUUGAGGUUUUCAUUUAUUUUAUUUAUAAAGUUUAGUUAGUUUUAGAAGCCAAGUUGUAGAACUCUUGUUUUUCUCUGCUGUCUGUCUGUCCGUCUUGUGUCUGUCUGUCUGUCUGUCUGACUGACGGAAGUCUCUGAAUUCUUUACGGUUUAAUAUUGAUUCAUUUCUUUUUAUGAAUAUUGAUUAGUAUUUAGACCAUCAGACAUACUUCUGUAUUAAUUCCUAAGUCUAAAUAACUUCCGCAGAACAGUUACAAUAACUACACUGAACACACUGGAACAGUUACAGUAACUACACUGAACACACUGGAACAGUUACAGUAACUACACUGAACACACUGAAACAGUUACACUAACUACACUGGAACACACUGGAACAGUUACAGUAACUACACUGGAACACACUGGAACAGUAACAGUAACUAUACUGAACACACUGGAACAGUUACAGUAACUACACUGGAACAGUUACAGUAACUACACUGAACACACUGGAACAGUUACAGUAACUACACUGGAACACACUGGAACAGUUACAGUAACUACACUGAACACACUGGAACAGUUACAGUAACUACACUGGAACACACUGGAACAGUAACAGUAAU